UUGACAGUUGUUUCAGUGAACAGAAAGAUUGUGUAGCCUAGCCAACUCAUAAGAAAGAAGUUUACUGUGGAAUGUUGUACUAAAUCAGGACGUCCGUCCUAAAGUUUUGAUGUUUUUCCUGUAAUCAAGAUAUGGAUGAAGAUGAGCGACAGAGGAAACUAGAAGCUGGAAGAGCAAAGAAACCUACCAGCAUGCAACGCAAUCAGAAGCUUGCUAGCUUCCGACAGCGCCGGGCGAAAGGGAACGGUGCGGGCGCGGCGAAAAAGACGCAGAAGGGGAAGGGCCCGGAUGAUGAGCGCUCAGCGCAAGACCCUGCCUUAGAGGCAGCUGUGCCAACUGGAAAGGACACGCGACAGGACACCAGGGCUAAACAUGAAGGACCCCAGAGGUCUGGACAGAAAUAUCAGUGCCAACCUCCAGGGCCCCACCAGAACCAUGGAUCUAGUGCCCAAGAUCAAAGCCUCUCAUUGGGGAAACCGCUGUCCACUGACCAGCCAACCGUGGCGGAGGAUCUGGUACAAGUGGAUCUCCCAGCACUCACUGGCAAAGAGCAGCUUAAGCAGCUGCAGGAGGCCGUGGAGAAACGCAACGAGAUCAUCUCCAGGCUGAGUUCCAACCUGCAGGAGGCCCUGGCCAGCCGAGACCAGGUCCAACAGGAGGCCCAGACCCUGGCUGGGCAGAUCCAGGCCUUACAGGUCCAGCUCCAGCAGACAAGCCAGUACCUCCUGCGCUCCAAGACCCAGGCAGGCUCUGAGCUGCCCCAUGCCCAGCAGCAGCCCCCUGAGCCGGGCCUCACCUCCCAGGACCUGGCCCCUGUCCUCAACCACCUGGAGCCCCUGAGGGCCUUUCGCUCCCAGAGCGUGGAGACUGACUCCAACGCCGCCACGGACAGGGACACGGAAGCCCUGCUGCACAGACUGAGGACGGAGCUGGAAGAGGAGAAGGUGAACAGCCAACGUGCGCUCCAUCUACUGAAGGAGGAGAAGAGAGGGAGGGAGGAGGAGAGGAGGGAGAGGGAGGCGCAGCUGGAGGCCCUUCGGACCCAGCUGGACCGAGCCCAGGACCAGGUGCGGGAGAUCCAACGGUUCAAGGAGGAGAAGGAGGCACUGAACCGGGAGGUGCAGGACCUGAGGAGGAGGCUGCAGGAGGGGGGGGAGGAGACGGGGGGGGCGGCUGACUGUACCCUGCCCCUGGAGAAGGAGGGGAGGAGGAGGGUCAGGGAGGAGCACCGCGAGGAGGGGCAGGGAGUCCAACGUCUCCCGGAGGAGAGGGAGAGAGGGAUGGAGGACGCCGGGAAGGAGGAGUUGGGGCAGAAGGCUUGCAAAGACAAGCGGAACCAGGCGAGGGCUAGCGUGGGCGAGGACGGGGAGACGGGGGAGGACAGUCUGAAUGGAUCUGGGGGGGCCGACCCCCUGAUGGAGCGCUACCUGUCCUCUGCCAUCCCCAAGCGCUCGCCCUACUCCUGGACCGAAGACAGUCUGGAGGAGCACAGCCUGCUGGAGAACUCGGGCAACUACAGGUUCGAGCUGGACAGCGACGUCCUGGGAGACCAGUCCCAGCUUUCCCUCUCUCGCCACUCCCUCCGGGAGGAGCAGACCAUCGACCUCCACAGCUAUUCCCUCCCGAGGGGCUCUGCCAUGGCCGCGGGCGACUCCCCCGCCCAGGGAGCGGGCGACGGUUCCCCGCUGGGGUGGCUCCAGUCCUCGGCGGGCGAGCUCUCCCAGGGGGAGUUCAGCGAGGAGCCGGACCUGGCCAAGGAGCUGCUGAUCCAGCAGUGUGAGGAGCUCCGGAGGGAGCAGGAGGUGCUGACCGAGGAGGUGCAGAAGAGUGCAGAGGAUCUGGAGGAGGCCAGGGAGAGGUGGGCGCAGGUCACCGAGGAGCUACGGGAGGCGCUCUGGGAGCUGGAGGAGGAGAAGGAGAAGAGGAGGAGGUGCCAGGACGAGAUGGAGGAGGAGAGGGAGAAGAGGAGGAGGGCCGAGGAGGAGGUCAACGCGAAGACCCACGAGGAGGACAACCUCAAGAACAAACUCAGCGCCCUGCUGGAGGAGAGGGAGAGCGAGCGUGUGACGGAGAGCCAGGACUCCCUCCUCCUCCCCCUCAGCCCCCCCGGGAAGGACCGCGAGGGUCUGCACGGGGAGCUGAAGGAGGCACAGGAGGAGAAGGCGCUGCUCGUCUCCCGUCUGAAGCAGCAGGAAGGCCUGGUGUCCUCCCUGCAGGAGAUGAAGCUGGCAGGAGACUCGGUCACCUCCGAGGUCCAGGUGCUCUUUGGCAAACAGCUGCAAGCCUUACAGGCUCACCGUGACCAGGUGUGUGCUGAACUGGAGGAGACCAAAAGCCGACUCAAAACCUCGUUGGCGCUCCUGGGCCAGAAGACCAUGGAGCUGGACCAGGCCCUCGCCCAGGCCGAGGAGGCGCGGAUCCACGGGGCCCAGGAGAAGGAGGAGCAGCGGAGGAGGCAGGAGGAGCGCGACGCCCAGAUCCGGAGGAUGGAGGAGCUCAUCGAGGAGGAGCUGGAGGAGUUCCAGAAGCAACUCGACACCAAGGAUGAAGAGGUGGCCGAGGAGAGGGAGAAGUGGGAGGAGGAGCGCCAGGAGAAGGAGCAGGAGCUGCGGGCGGCGAGGCGCCUCCUGGAGGCAGAGGAGGAGAGGGAGGUGGAGGUGCGGGCCCUCCUGGACCGGCAGCGCCUGGCCCUGGAGGAGGCGGCGGCGGCGCUGAGGCGCUCCCACCAGGAGGAAGUGCGGGCGCUGCGGGAGGAACACCGCAAGGAGGUGGAGGAGCUCGAGGCCCGCGCCGGGGCGGAGCUCUGUGAGCAGAGGGCCGCCAUGGAGGAGGAGCAGAGGCGGCAGAUCAGCCUGAUCAAACAGGUGAACGAGAGGGAACACCAGAGGAUGAUGUCAGAGCUGGGCUCCAAGCAGAGGGAGGAGCUUAGCCGUCUGAAGGCGGAGCUCUCGGUUGCCCAUCGAGAGAGCAUGGAGGCUGCCCACCAGGCUGAGAUACAGCAGACACAGUCCCACCAGUCCUUAGAGGUGGAGGCCUUGCGCCUGAGCCUGACCAACCUCCACACGGCCCAGCUGGAGCUCUCCCAGACCAACCUGCACCGGGAGCGGGAGGCGGCUCUAAGCGAGCUCCAGGCUUCGCUCAGGGAGAAGUGGGCCCAGGAGAGUGCCGUCCUGCAGGCCCGCCAGCAGUUUGAACUGGACCGGCUGAGGGAGCAGAGCCUGGACAAGGAGGAGAGACAGAGGGAGGUGUACCAGAGGAGCCUAGAUGAGCUGAAGCAGCAGUGUGAGAGCGUCUCCAUGGAGAAGGCGUCCAUUGAGGAACAACACGCUACGGAGAUGAAGGCUCUGAGGCUGCAGUGGCGGGAGGCAGAGAAGCAUCAGGCGGACCUCCAGACCAGACUUUCAGAGGCCCAGCAGAGCCUCGCCGAUACCCAGGCCUCCCUCACCCAGACGGGGGCAGAUCUGUCCUCCUCCAGGGCCCUGGUGGAAGAGCUCCAGGCCUCCAGAGCGAAGGAGAUCCAGAGGCUGGAGGAGGAGCUGAGCCAAGCCCAGAGCGACAGGGACAAUGCAGCCCGCUCGCUAGAAGAGUUGGUGUCCAGCUAUAAGAAGGUCCUCCUAGAUAAAGAGGAGCACAUCCAGCAGCUCGAGGAGCGAGAGAGUGUCCUGCAGAAAGAAGCCGCGCGUCUGCUGGAGGAGCAGGUGUCUGUCAAACAGAGCUCGGAGCAGGAGGUGGCUCAGUUGUGGGCUCAGCUGGACAGCAUGAGAACAAGCCGCCAGGAGCUGGGAGAGCUGAAGGAGCAGCUUCUGGCUCGCUCGUCGCGCGUUGACGACAUCGAGCGGCUGAAGGUGGAGUUCACUGAGCAGAGGAGAGAGAUUCGUCAGCAGAAUGAGGCGGAGCUGGAGAGCCUGAGGAGGUACUUUGAGCAACGCCUGCGGGCUGCAGAGGAAAGCUACAGGGAGGAGAUCGCCCUGCUGCAGCUGAGGCUGGUGGAGGGGGCCCUGGAGGAGUCUGUACUCAAGACUGGGGAUGCUAGCUUCAUGUCGGAGGGCAAAGGAGAGGAGGAGAGGAAUGAAAUGCUGGCUGAGAUCACCCUCAAACUUGAGAAACACAAGGAAGAGCUGGACGCGCUGCGGGGGCAGCUGGAGGAGAGACACACUCAGGAGAUCUCUUACCUGCGCUCCUCUAUGGCUCUGGCCAACAGAGAGGACAUACUGCAGGUGCGCACUGACCUCACCGACAGUUACUAUAGCGACUUGCAGGAGCUGAGGACUCGCCACUCUUUGGAGCUGGAGCAACUUCGAGCCAAAAUCUCCGACAGCCAUGUCAGAGAACUGACAAGGAUUCGUCUGGAGGCAGCAAGGCAGGUUGAGGUGGAGGUGGAGCAGCGGAUGUGGCGUCACAGCGAGGAGCUCCAGGCCAGACUGACCCUGAUCCAGACCCUGGAGACGCGACUCUCCAGCCUCACACAGCAUCAUGCCGCAGAGCUGGAGAGGAACCAACAGCAGCUGAAGCAGGAGUUCGCUGAGGAGCUGACCGUCCGAUUGGAGGAGGCGCAGAGCCAAGAGAGGGAGCGCGGGAGAGAGGAGCGGGCCCAGAGGAGUCGGGAAGAGGAGCAGGUCUCCUCCCUGAGGCAAGAGAUGGAGAGGGAGCUGGAGGAGGCGAGGGAGCGUCUGCGGAGUCUACAGGACUCGCUGGACCAGGACACCAACCCCCUGGUGGUGGCAGUGAGACAGAAGCUGGACACCCAGUAUGACAGCGAGCUGCGCAGGGCGAAGAGCUGCAUGGCUGCGGAGGUGAAGGAACUCACCGCCCUCCUCCAGGAACAGGGGGAGGACAGGCUGCAGCAAGCCCAGGACAGGUUCCAGGAGGAGAGGGGCCAGUUGGAGAAGCGUCUAGCUCAGCAGAAUGAGCUCUCUCUGGGGGAGCUGAGGGACAAACACCAGGCUGACCUGGAGCUCCAGAGGACCAAACUACUCGCCGCUCACACUCAAGAGACGGACACGCUCCGAGCCAAUCACAAGGCCGAACUGGAUUCUCUAUCUGCCAGUCACAAAGAGCAAAUCGCUGUCAUGGCAACCGAGCUGGCCUCCAAGCACCAGACGGAGCUCGUCACCCUGGAAACGCGUCUCGAGUCCCAGCGGAACGCGGAGCUCGAUCGCCUGGAGGCGGUCCUUGAGGCGGCCAAUCAGGCACAGCUGGAGGCCCGGGAGGCAGAGCUGAAUCACAGGCACCAGGAGGAACGGGAUGAGCUGGAGAGGAGGAUGCUGGGUAACAUGGACACUUUGGAGGCAACCUACCUGAAGGAGAUCCAGACCCUGAGGGAACAGAUUCAGCAGCUGGAAGAGAUGCGCAGACAGGAAGUGGAGCAGGGGAAGGCGGCCCUCAGACAGGAAGUGGGGCGGGAGCGGGCGGAGCAGCUGUCCAGCCGAGAGGAACUGAGGAGGGAACUGGCCCAGGUGCACAUGGAGAAGUUCAGCGCCAUGGCAACCGAGCUCAGCCACGCCCACCAGACUGAGCUAGCUGCCCAGAGGGAAGCCCUGGAGACGGCACACCGCCUGGCCCUGGACGCCCUCAGGAACCAGGUGUUAGAGUUGGAGCAGCAGCAUAGCGCUGCUCUACAGGAGCUGGCUCACACUUUCAACACUGAGAAGCAGAAACUCGACACCCAGCACCAGCUCAAUCUGCAGGAGGCGAGGAGUGCGUCCACACGUGAACUGGAAGCGUGCCACAAGGAACUCGAGGAGGAAUUGUCACGGCAACGCCUGCGCUUCCUCGAAGAGGCUGAACUCUCCAGAGUCCAAUCUGAGAGGUGCCUCCAAGACCGGAUCAGCCAACUAAAAGCGGAGUUUGAGGAGCAGAAGGAGGCGGAGCUAGAUGACCAGAGGCGGGGCUUCAGUUCUGAGCAAGAGCAGAAGGAGUGCAGCUACACAGAGAAAAUGAGCCAGCUCUCCGCCCAGCUACAGCAGCUUGACACUGUGGUGUCCCAGCUGCGUUCGGAGGUGGGCUGCCUGCAGGGGGAGCUGGAGGGGAAGCGUGGGGAGAUGGAGACCCUGGACACCCUCCUCCAGCGGCGGGACAGGGAGGCCCAGGAGGGGGGGAACCUGCUGGACAUGCUCACAGAGGACCUGAAGAACACCAAGCAGGAGAGGCAUGACCUGCUCCUGGCCAAUGAGAAGCUGAGGAACGUUCUGCUGGAGGUGGUCCGCAGCACCAUGGCAACGGAGGAGCUGAUCGGACAACGGGUCGGCGAUCCCCUUAAGGGGGUGGAGUCGGGGCACCAGACAACCAAUCAGAGGGCUUCUGGGGGCAGCCGAGACGUACAGCAGAUGGGAAGUGUAUCUGUAUCGGAGGUCCCCGUGGAUGACCUGGAGCUGUCCCAGCGUGUGUGUGAGAGCCUGCUGCUAGCGGACACACAGCUCCUGCCCGAGGGAGAGGAGGCGGUGCUGGGGGCCUGCGGUCGACUCAGACACACCGUGGACACGCUGCUGGAGCUGCUCAACCAGGCCAACACACAGCUCCUGCAGACCCACGGCGUCCACCUCUCUCUGAAGGAGAGGUUCUCUCAGGGCCGAGAAGACUCCGCUCAGCUCCUGCAGCAGCACACGCACCUAUUGGAUCAGCUCAACCAGGAGGCGGGACAGAAGAGCCAAUUACAGCUGGAUCUCCACAAAGCUGAGGGCCUGCUGGAGGGCUACGUGGCGGAGAAGGCCGUGUUGGAGGAGGCUCUGCAGCAGAAGGAGGCCCAGGAGGAGCGGCUGGCCGAGGAGCUGGAGGGCCUCCGGGUGCAGCUCCACCAGACAGAGGGCCUCAGCGUGGAGCUGGAGAGCCUCCGGGUGCAGCUCCACCGGGCAGAGGGCCUCGGGGUGGAGCUGGAGAGCCUCCGGGUGCAGCUCCAGGAGCUCGGCGAGGAGAACGCCCUGCUGCUGCGCCAGAGGGACCAUCUGAGCGCCGGCCUGGGGGAGAGGGAGAAAGGUCUCCUGGCGGAGGCCCAGCGGCUGGCCCAGGAGAGGCUGGACGUGCAGCGGCAGGCUGAGAAGGACCACGGCUGCCUGUCCCUGCGCCUCCGGGCCCUGGAGGCCGAGCUGGAGGAGCAGGAGACCAAGGGCCUGGAGACGGAGCUGCACCACAGGGCCCAGAGCGAGGACCUCAACCAGCGCGUCCAGGCCCUGGAGAAGCAGCUCAAGCACAACCGGCAGUUUAUCGAUGAGCAAGCGGUGGAGCGCGAGCACGAGAGAGAUGAGUUCCAGCAGGAGAUCGGCCGUCUGGAGUCCCAGCUCCGACACACCUCCAGAGGACACUCUGCUGGGGACAACAAGGGCCAGAGGAUUGAGGACUUGGUUCUGCAGGUGGAGAGUCUCCAGGCUCUCAUGAGGGACAAGACGGAAGACCACGCCUCUCUGCUGGCGGUCAAUCAGCAAGCCCAGCGCGACGUCGUCGAGCGCAACGAGGAGAUUGACAAACUGGCCGGGCGAAUCAGAGAGCUGGAGCAGGCGUUGCUAAGCAGCGCGGAAAGCAACCGAGCUCUCAGCCAGCUGGAGCAAGAGCUGCACCGAGCCAAGCAGAGGGAGCUGGAGCUUACACAGGACAAACAGGCCCUGGAGCAACAGCAGCUGUCCAACAGGCUCCAGAUCUCAGCCCUGCAGUCCAAACUGGAUGAGACAAGACACCGUUACCAUGACAACCAGCCGGACCCCACCCAGCAGCUGCGAGACAUGCUGGACACGACCCAGCAGGACCUCCAGGACAGAGAACGGCAGGUGGAGAACCUGACUGGCCAAUUGGAGCAAGUCCAGAGAGACUUGACCAUCAAAGAGGCGGAGUUAAAACACCUUACGCUACAGUUGGAGGUGUUAACCAACCAGAAUGCAGAUCAUGUCAGCCAGCUACAGGAUCAGAUUGCUGCUCUGAAGGAAAACGUGUCCAGUCUCACUCUUCAUCAGGAAGAGAGGGAGGAUGAGAGGGAGAGGGGGGAGGAGGGGGAGGAGGAGAGCCUGCCCUCUGCUCUCCUGCAGGAGAAGAACCAGGAGAUUGACCACCUCAAUCAGGAGCUCCAGCGCAUGGAGCAGGAAGUGGAGAACUCCAGGACCCACAUGACCACAGAAGCUGAGCUGGAGGACCUGCACUCUCAGGUGGAGCACCUGCACUGUGACCUCAUCAGGCUGCGCCAGGACAAGCAGGAAGAGGAGGAGCGCCUCCACGAGGUCAUCAGCACGCUGCAGGCCGAGCUCAACGCGUCGGGCCCCGCCCUGCACGAGGUCAGCGACUCCCAGGACGGGGACAGCGUGAACCCCUCGCCCUCGCCCAGCCCCGAGCCCCCUCACCCCCCGCUCCGAGGGGCGCCGAGCAGAGGGGAAGGCCACAGCCUGAAGCAGGAGCUGCGGCUCCUCCACGCCUCCUCCUCUCGCUCCCUCCGCACGCGCGCCGAGGCCCUCCAGGGCCAGGUGGAGGCGCUGGCCGGGGAGAAGGAGGCCAUGGAGCGGCUGCUGCACACCCAGGAGGAGGAGUACCGGGGCCACGGGGCGGAGAUGGGGAAGAGGCUGCGGGAGGAGAGGGAGAGGGCGGAGGAGCUGGCCCGCCUGCUGUCUCUGAAGGAGGCCGAGCUGGAAGAGGAGAAGUCCAGGAGAGGGGAGGGGGAGGAGGAGGUGGUGAGUGUCCUCCAGAGGGAGAGGGCUCAGCUCGACUCCCUGGUCCUGGAGCUUCAGAGGGCGGAGGAAGAGAAGGAGAAGGAGGUGGCCAGUCUGACAGAGAGGGCCGGCGAGAGGGAAAGGGAAGCCCAGUCGCUCAGGGAGAGCGCACGCGCUCUCGAGAGAUGGGUCCAGGAGGCGAGGGCAGAGGUCGUCGCGGCGGAGAAGCUCGCCGCCGAGGGGAGGGCGGAGGCGGUCGCCAUGGAAGCGGUCAAGGCCGAGCUCCUCGCGGAGCGCGAGGCUCUGAGGAGGAGGGAAGGGCAGCUGCGGGAGGAAAGGGAACGCUUGAGGCAGGAUGUGACCUCGCUUCGAGCCCGCGUCCAGGAACUGAGCCUCCAGUUGGAGGAGAGGGGAGCCAAUCAGGAGGAGUCUCAGAAGGAAGUGCUGACUCACGCUGAGGCCACCCUCGCCAAGGCCGACGCGGCGCUCCGACAGAGGGAGGUGGAGCUUGCCCGGCUGGGGGCGGAGCAUCAGGCCCUGAGGGCGGAGUUAGCCGCUGUGAAGGAGGGGCUAAGCUGCAGUACUGAGAGAGCCGAGAAACUGAAGGAAGAAGGCCAGACCAAAGACCGCGCCCUCGCCGACCUCGAGACCUACAACCAGCGUCUGAAGGUGGAGCUGCGGGGCCUCCAGGAGGACCUGGCGGUGCAGGAGGAGGAGCUGGCCUAUCAGCAGAGAGAGCUGCUCCAGCUCAGGCAGCAGGCCACGCCCCCUCACGGCCAGUCAUACUCACAAAAAGACCUUUCUCGUCCUGGGUUUGAGGCGGUCGUGUGUGGGUCUCGGGACGAAGCUUCGCUGAGCUCCCCGGAGGUUCUCCGAAGACUGGAGUGUUCCGAGGACAAGAUCCGAGGGGGGUUUCACACCUCGCUUCUCCAGGGUUCCCAUCUCUCUGAGCUAAGUGCCCUGAACUGCACGGGGCUGGAGCCCCACCCCAACAAGGCCUCCGCCAGGGGCAGGCCAGACCCUUCUCGGUCCAGGACUAUCACCCCGGAACCGAACACACGCAGUACCCACUCUCCAGGCUCUGUCUCGGCCUCCGAUAACUUCUCCAUGCUGGACUCGCUAGAUGCUGAUAAAGUGCACGAGUUGGAGAACCUGGACCUGACGGCUCCUUCCUCUCCUCUGGGCUCCACCUCCUCCCUCUCCGCACCCGAGUGGGCCAGCGACGGAUAUGGCAGCAACGUGAGCUCUGAGCUGGGGCUGAGGCUGAGGGUGGAGCUGGAGCAGACGGAGCGACUGGACGCCCAGUUCAUCGAGUACCUGCGCUGUCGAGGCAUGAACCCCGCCGCCAACACGGACAGCGCUGCGGGCAGCAUGAGCUACAGUGACGAGCUGCUGUCGCCUGAACUGCAGGGCCUGCUGAAGAGGGUGUACCAGGAGAGCUGCAGGGUCCUCGCUCUGUCGCAGCGCCCGGCCGCUUCCUCGUCCCAGCCCCGCCUCUCAGACACCAAAACCUUACUGGACCAGACCCUCUGUCCUUCAGAGGGUAAAGGCCUCCCAUUGGACCAGGCCUCGGUCCCUCCCCUGGGCUGGCAUGAGGAAAAGAGGGCACUUCAGGAAACGGUGAUUGCGCUCAGGGAACUUCUCUGCCGCAUGGCACAGAGGGACCCACAGCCUGACAGCAGAGAUGGGGCGUGGCCUAACGGACAGGUGGAGCUCCAGCUGAGGGAGGAGCUAGAGCACAGCCGGGAACAGCUGAACUCCGCCCACAACACACUGCAGGAGCUACACAACCAGAUCCAUCAGCUCAGGCUGGCUGUGGGGGAGUGCGAGGAGGCUCUGAGGAAGGAACAGAGCAGAGUCCAAGAUGUCCAGCUGGAACUGGAGCAGGAGAGGGAACACACACUCCGCCGGGGGACGGAGGAAGAGGAGAGACGACAGGCACUGUGUGUUUCUCUGGAGCAGCAGGGGUCAGAGGUCGUGUCCCUCAAGAGCCAACUGGAGCAGGAGAAGGUGACCGUCAGCAACCUCAGACGAGAGCUUCAGAUCGAGCACUCCCGAGGCCUCCUGCUCCAAUCACAGCUCGACAAACGGUUAGCCGACGCCCACAAGGACCUGGAGGAGGAGCGGCAGCGUUCUGCCCAUCAACAGGAGGCCCAAUCACAGGACAGGGCCCGACAGGAGAAUCUGGUCAGAGAGAUGGAGUCGAGCCUAGUCGACACCCGUUCUCAGAUGGCCGACGCCCACAGGAAGCUGGACGAGGAGCGGGAGCGCUGCUGCCGGCAACUCGAAGAGAUCGCCCGCCGGCAGGAGGCCGACGCCACCCGAGACAGGAAGUUCAUCUCCGACAUGCGCUCCCAGCUGGAGCAGGAGAGGAGGCAAGGGGAGGAGCUCGCCGCCAUGACGGACAAGCUGAGGGCGGAGCUGCUGCAGUGCCGCAGGAAGGGCGAGGAGGAGGACCGGAGGAGGAGGGAGGAGUCCCUGAGAGAGCAGGAGGCCACGGCCCGCCUCCGCGUCGCCGCCGCCGCCCUGACGGAGCAGAGGCAGGAGGCGGGCGUCGCGCUGGAGGCGGAGCGCGAGCGCGCUGCCCGCCAAGGGGCGGAGCUCCGAGAGCUGAAGGAGAGGCUGCAGCAGCUGAGGGAGAAGGAGCGAGAGAGGGAGGAGCAGAGGGAGAGGGAGAGGAGGAGGGAGAGGCAGGAGCAGGCGGAGAGAGAGCGGCGACACCAGAGGACCAGCGACAAGCUGAGCGAGCUGGCACUGCUGAGGCAGCAGGACCAGCAGCGCAUGCGGGAGCUGCAGCAGACUCUGGCUGAGCUGGAGAGGGAGGAGAGAGAGAUGGCCUCCCAGAGACUGGCCGCCGGCUCCCUCACCACCCUCCCCGGAGGAGCCCCGCGACCACACGGCAGCACCCAGGCUGGCCCCGCACAGGCUGCCACCCCUCUGCUCAACCACCAGUCGUCGUCUUCCUCGGCGUUGGUGGAGAAGCUGCUGAAGGAGAACUCUGAGCUGUCAGGUCGCGUGGCGGAGCUGAGUGGGGAGAGGGUGUCUCUCAAGCAGACCCUGGGGGGCCUGGAGCGACAGCUCCGCCGCUCAGAGAGCCAGCUCGCCAAGGUCACUGCGGAAACCGAGAACAGACCCGCUGUGGCUGCUGAUAUCAUCAACAACAGCAAAGUGCAGCGCCUGUACGAGCGCUACCUGAGGGCAGAGAGUUUCCGGAAGUCUCUGGUGUAUCAGAAGCGCUACCUGCUACUGCUGCUGGGGGGCUUCCAGGACUGUGAGCAGGCCACGCUGUGUCUGAUCGCCCGCAUGGGGGCGCACCCCUCCCCCCCGCUCUCUGGCCAACGCAGACCCCUCACACGCUUCAGAGCUGCUGUACGAGCAGUUGUCGCCAUUUCAAGACUGAGGUUCUUGACCAGGAAGUGGCAGAAAGCUAUCAGGAGGAGUGUGUCCACCUCUAGCACCGUCAACGGAUACGCACAAGGAUCCAGGACAGAGGUUUUGAGACAGCAGCAUCCAGGAGCCAAACAAAACUCUUCCCCGCCCACAAGAGAUGGUAGCCCCACCCAUAUGGGGGUGGUCUCAACCCUAGUUCCACCAAUGAAAUCGCCCUUCCGUCUACACAACAGGGGAUACGCUAACUCCACCGUGAUCUCCGAGCGCUCCGUAGGGACAUCCCAGGAUGCCGAGCGGUCACUGACUGAGUAUAUCAACCACCUAGAGAAGGUCCAGCAACGGCUGGGGGGAGGACAACCAGGUUCUGUGACUCUCCUUUCCAAUCCUAAGAAGUCUGACCACUGAACAAAUGACUCCCAAUAUCCCGAAAGUGGCCCUGGAUCAUAUCCAACUGUGUUCAUCAAUGUACAAGAGAAUUGUUCAUGGUAAAUGUUUUGUUUGAUUAUAAUGGUGUUGUUGUUUUUUUAAAUAAAUUAUUUUCUAUGUUGUUUUAUAUGCUGAUUUUUCUAUGGUCUGCAAAAGCUGCAAAUAUGACUCCUAAGGAUCCUUACAAGAUGAAUGUUGUUGUUUUUUAAAGUGGUGUUAACUGUUUUUAUACUCAUGUUUUAUACUGUUUAUCAAUAUGUAUGAAUGUGUUUUAUACUGUUUAUCAAUAUGUAUGAAUGUGUUAAGUAUUUUGCACUGGAAUUCCAACAUCAAUACUAGUCACUGUGUUCACACAGUGGUAUUCUUUUUUUUAACAUUUUAUAAUACUGGCAUUUCGAUCAAAAAAAGUCAAUAAAUAUUUUGUCUGAU